UCGUUACCGACCAGAGAUUCCCUUGUCACGAAAAAGAUGGUAAAAACAAAAAAUUAGCAAAAGGAAAAAUAAUAAACAACGUUUGUGACUGGAGGAUGACGUAAGGAAUUUUGGAAGGGUGUAGCAGUUUCCCUUUUUGAGAACUUGGAAGUUGCCGGUCUUAUCACGUUUAGACGCUGAGUUGGCCAUAAGCCAACUUUUCUUAAAUGUCACAGAUUUCUUAUCCAAUAUAGAACUAGUUUUCCCGCUUCAAGUGCAAAGUAAGGGUUUCAAGAACGCUUCACAAGGCGAAGAGACUUUAUUACCAAGUCAAAGUUUGUAUCUUCAGCCCCAGAAACGUUCAAACUGUCUACCGAUAAGCAGCCACCCACAACACCUUCCCUUUUUUUUUUUUUGAGAGAGAGAAAGGCCUUUUUAUGUUCCUUUUUUUUUUCUUGAAUUUCUGUUUCAAAAAAAUGGAUUUUGAGAAAGGGAAAGAGAAGCGAUCUAGGAAGAAGUUUGAAGGACAAGAAGGUAAUAUUUCUUUUAAAGUACCAAAUUUUAAAGAAUUUUUUCUUCUAGAACUGGAAAACUACAUCAAAACCGCAAAGAAACCACGAUUCAACGACUUCGUGGCCAAAAACGUCUCGCAAUUAGUGCAUUGGUCCUUGGACGAGAAUCGUGAAAUAAGCGAGCUGUUUUCACUUUGGAAAACGCGGUUUGCUUUAACAUUCAAGGAAUUCGGCAAGAUUCCUAAUGCAGAUACGUUCAAAGGAUCUUGUGACACUACUUGGAAGGAUAUGAAGAAAUUGAUCGAUUCCACCAUGAAAACAAAACUGACAUACAAGAUUUUGAGCAUGAAAUCGUUGCAGACAACCGCAGCUUUGACCGAAUCAACCUUUAACAUUGCCGUGGCAAGUGAAUCAACAAAUCAAGGAUCGUCUGCCUCAGCAUCGUUAUCAAACUUUUCCCCGACAACGCCUCCAACCUCUUCUGCUGUACCUUCCCUGGUAACUCAGCAUGAAUCGGAUUUUGUCUCUUCUGCCCAUCAAUCCGACAAGAGCGAUCGUGCAAACACAAAUGACGACGACGAUGACGAUGGCAUUUUUGAUAUCGAACACUUUGUUCAUGACAUGACCUAUAAAUCGCAUUUGGGAUACACAAUUUCCUCGAAACAGGCACGGAAAUUGGUAGAGAUAAAGGAUGCGAUCGACACGGAUAUGGUUUCGACAAUGAUGAAAAUAGGUGCCCACAUCUUGACAAAACAAUUGACAAAAACCACGCUCUCGGUGACUGAAGAAGCUUUGUUGGAGUUAUCGAUUUCGAGGAUCAUCAAUAUGCUGAAUACUUCAAUGCAAGAUACCUAUCGAGAGUUUUUCUCACAACAUCAGUGGGCCCGUAUCCACAACGUCGUAUCGGCAUUGAAUCUGGAUAACUACGAUGGCUUAUCACCGGAAUCAAGUGCCCUUUUCGAUGUCAUUGUUCAUGCAGGUGACAAUAUCUGUGAUAUUAUCGCUUUUAUUGACGAGAAAAAAUGGCAAAUAUCGAAAACGAGAUGCCAACAACAAAGUCAGCCCUAUAUCCUACUCCUCAUCAUGGAGCACAUCGUGCGAAAUUUGGAACGCUGGUCGAAGAAAGCCGAUGAAUCUGAAUUGACUUUCUAUCGCAGAUUUGCAACCAUUUUGGAGUUUGUUUUUGAUUACACAGAUGUGGCAUUGGUGGACGGUGAUAACUCUUGUGAGGCAACCAAAAAUGUAGCCCAUUUGAACAAGGCAAUCUUUAUCCCCAUGCAGACAGCACCAGUGUAUGGAAAGAAAAUCGAUCUUAUGCUUAGAUACGAUGGCAACAUGAAGAUCGAAUUAUCUUCAAACGAAUGGAAACGGUCAAGAGUUCAAGAAGAUUUGAAACUAAAACAGCAAUCAAAAAAUUUGCGCACGAACGCAGCGGUUCUCAACCAUCUCAACAGCCAUUGUUCAAACGACAUCAGCGAACUGUUGGCGAUGGAUUUCAUCGGUAAUGUUGGUUAUUUGUACAUGCUGAAAUUAACCGAAGAUGGUAUCUAUGUUGCAUCUCUGCUUUCCAAGCUUAUCACGUUUCUGCUAAACACCACCAAAAUUCUUAAACGAGCUUUAUUUCAAAAAGAAGUCAACCAAGUGAUACCAGCAUUGCCAGCACGAACAAGCUCUUCUCAUCGCUUGUCGCGUACCUCUGCUGGUCAUAUUUACUUGGCACCGAAAACAAGCCAAAUCAAGAAAACGAACCUAAAUGAUUUUCCUUACGACGAAUGAUACACAUAGCUGUCUUUUCUGUUUAUUUGUUAUUUGCAAUAAAAUUCUCGUCACAAAAAAAUGUGGACACUUUGGCUGAUA